GAUGCGUAAUGCCGAGAAGGAAGAUCACGACAAGCUUUCUUUAAGUUUUCCACGCCUACAGUCACUCGCUCAGUCCGAUUCAUACCAACUCAACCAUUCGCUUGUCCCCACCAUAAUCAUGAAAUUCUCUUCUGCACUUCUUAGCUUCGCUGCCACCGGCGCACUCGCGGCUCCGUAUGUUGUUGUCAAUCCAGACAAUGAUGUUGCGCAGCCUAUGAGCAUCAACAAGCGCGCCGGUCUGGACUACGUUCAAAAUUACAAUGGACAGGCCGCAGGUUUCCAAUCAGAUCUCAGCACCGGCACGUUCUCCGCAAAGUGGAACGGCAACACCGACGUAGUCGUCGGUUUGGGAUGGAAGACGGGUUCUGCUCGCACUAUCAAUUACGAAGCACAGUUCACACCAACGGGAAGCUCGUACCUUGCCGCCUAUGGUUGGAUCAACCAGCCCCAAGCCGAGUACUACGUAGUCGAGUCCUUUGGGCAGUUUGAUCCCUGCUCGCAAGCCCAGAAGCUUGGAACAGUUUCUUCUGAUGGCGGGUCUUACACUGUCUGCAAAAGCACUCGCACCAACCAGCCGUCCAUUACAGGUACCAGCACCUUCACCCAAUACUGGUCUGUCCGCACGAGCCCACGUUCUUCUGGAAGCAUCACCAUGAAGAAUCACUUUGACGUCUGGGCAAAGAAUGGUUUCGGAAACAGCAACUUCAACUACUUGGUCAUGGCUGUUGAGGCGUUCGGUGGACAGGGAAGUGCGUCCGUCAAGGUUUCGUAG